AUGCCUUCGCUGGAGCGACAGCGAAAGACCAGCAAAGCACAGCUGGACAGCCAAGCCCCAUCGCUGACCCGCAGGGGACGCCCCACAGCCCAGACCAGGCGCGGUCCCCGGGAGGAGGGCGCAGGCGCGAACCUGGGGAGCCGGCGGCGCAGUCGACCCGGACUAGCGAGGCUGCGAGCCGGAAAGGGCGAGCGGGAGCAGGGGUCUGCGCGGCCGGCAGAGGGCGCCGAGGGCCACAUCCCCCGGCACGCCAGAGGGACGGCAGGGCCCCCUGACCCGAAGACCUCGCCAGGCCGGCGCCGCGACAGCCGCUGCAGGUGCCCAGCGCCCUUCCCUCGGCCUGUGCUCCGCUCUUCUCGCUGUCCGUCCGGCUCCCCAGCCCGCCAGGGCCCGCGCCAGGGCCAGUGCGCAGGAGGAAGACGUCCCCUCGGAGUCUUAGGGUGGCCCUGGGGCCGGCGGCCCUGGAUGGCAGCGUCCCGCGUGCGCCCUGCCCGCCCCCCCAUCGCUGCCCGGCCCGCUGCUGAGGGCGGGGCUCUCGUGCUGCCAUCCGUGCCGGGGAGUGGGGCGGCGAGGCUGCAGCCGCGCCAGGCGCCGAGACACCCAGGUGCUGGAGGUUUGAGAUCCGCGAGCCCCGUCCGCAUUAAUAAGGAUGCAGCCCUGACUGCGCCUGGAGACACACACCGACGCCACCUCGGCGUCUCACCCGCGAAGGAGGGGACGGUGCUACCACGGAAACGUAAGAAGGUCGCGUUGCCCGCGCUGGAGUCAGGGCGGGAGGAAGCGCCCACCCCGCAGUCCGCGUCCGCGUGGGCUCCUCGUCCCGCGGGGCUCGAGCCGCCACCUGCUGGUCAGGCUGGGAACUGCACCCGCGGCCUCCGGCCCUCCCCAGCCCUGGGGGCGGCUGGCGCGCCUGUGUCCCAGCAGUCCAGAGAUGUGUCACUGGUGUCGCCGCGCCAGGCCCGUGCCAGGGACCCCCAGGCGUUGUCCCUGCAUAAGCUUCCGUAUUCGUGCCUGGCUCUGGUCAGAACCCUGCGACUUCCCCACGUGGCUGGACCCCGUGCUGCCCGCCCCCCCCCAGCACCCCUUGCACCUCUCUGGCCUGGACUGCUUCGCCGCGAGGGAUCACGGGCUGGUCCGCAGUUAGGCCCAACACCCUCCCGCCCCAGGGCCUUUGCACUUGUGGUCCAGUGCCCGGUGUGUUCUCCCGCCAGGGUCCUGCCCGGCAGGACAGUGGCCCCAGGCCGUGUGGGGCAGCAGCUCAAAGCCAGCGGGGACUGGUGA